AUGCAAGCAUCUCACCAGUACGAUUUCGAGGCCGAGGCCGGCACCCAUGAUGCUGAGAAGCAGCAUGAGAAGAAGGAUCCGCUCGACACCGCUCAGGAUACCUUUGGAGAUGAGGAGUAUGCCGAGGUUAAGUACAAAGUGUUGAGCUGGUGGCAAUGCGGCUUCAUGAUGGUUGCGGAGACUGUGUCUCUGGGAAUCCUCUCCCUGCCCGCCGUGGUGGCUGCUCUGGGUCUUGUGCCGGCUAUUAUUUUGAUCAUUGGUAUUGGCGCUCUUGCUACCUAUACCGGCUACGUUAUUGGACAGUUCCGGGAGCGCUACCCGCACAUCCAGAGUAUGGCAGAUGCUGGCGAAGUGCUCCUGGGUGCUGUUGGCCGUGAAAUCAUGGGCACCGGCCAGCUUUUGCUCCUGGUGUUUAUUAUGGCAAGUCAUAUCCUAACUUUUACCGUGGCUAUGAACUCGAUCACGGAUCAUGGCACCUGUUCUAUUGUGUUUGGUGUCAUCAGCAUGGUCGUUUCUUAUGUCCUCUGCUUGCCGAGGACGGCGACCAAGCUGUCUUACCUUUCAGUGGCUUCUUUUGUCAGUAUCUUCUCGGCUGUCAUUAUCGCCAUGGUUGGUGUUGGUGUCAAUAAACCAUGGGAUGGCCCGAUCCAUGCCACUGUCGACACGAGUCUGUACAAGGCCUUCCUGGCCGUGUGCAACAUUGUCUUCUCUUUCGCCGGAAACGUGGCUUUCUUCGGCUUUAUCUCCGAGCUGAAAGACCCCAAGGAAUAUCCCAAGGCUCUGGCUCUGCUGCAAACCACUGACACCACUCUGUACGUCGUCGUUGCUGUCGUGAUUUAUAUCUAUGCUGGUGACGACGUGACUUCGCCCGCCUUGGGAUCGGCCAGUCCGAUUGUGCGGAAGGUUGCCUAUGGCAUUGCCUUGCCGACAAUCAUUAUUGGGGGUGUCGUCGUCGGUCACCUCGUCUGCAAGUAUGUCUACGUGCGUAUCUUCCGAAACAGCGACCGGAUGCACAAGAAGGACCUGGUUGCUACCGGAUCCUGGGUGCUGCUUUCUCUUGCACUGUGGGUUAUUGCUUGGAUUAUUGCCGAAGCUAUUCCUGUGUUCAGCAACCUUCUCAGUCUAGUGGCAUCGCUGUUUGCCAGCUGGUUCACUUUUGGCGCUAGCGGCUUCUUCUGGCUCUUCCUCAACAAAGGACGCUAUUUCUCCUCCCUGAGCAAAAUCCUGCUGACUAUCCUCAAUUUAAUUAUUAUUGGUAUUGCGGCGUGUGUCUGUGGACUCGGUCUGUAUGUCUCCGGCAAGGCGCUGCACGAUAACCCCAGCAGUGCUAGUUUCUCGUGCGCGAACAAUGCGUGA